CAAAAAGCAUUCAUGCUGCCCUCCAGACGCGGCGAAUUUAUCGUCGGCACCAGACCCGUCCCCACGCCCGGCCGCGGCGAGCUCCUCAUCAGAGUCGAAGCCGCCGCGCUGAACCCUAUCGACUGGAAGAUCCAGGCCGAGACCGAGGGCGAGAUCACCACGGAGUACCCCGUCGUUCUCGGGCUGGGCACCGCGGGUGUCGUUGUGGAGGUCGGCGAUGGUGUCGCCGGGUUUGAUGUUGGAGACAAUGUGUAUGUCGUAGUGACACCUGGGAUUCUUGCGAGGAACGAUUAUUGUAGUCUCCAGCAGUACACGCUUGGUGUCGCUGUUUAUACUUCAAAGAUCCCUCCGAACAUCACUUUCGACCAGGCUGCCUCGAUCCCGGUCGGACUCGAUCCCCCAGCCAUCGGCUUCUUCGGGCCCCACAACGCCAAGUUGACCUCACCCAUCGACAAGCCGGGCACGUACCAAGGACAGUCCGUCGUCAUCCUUGGCGGCUCUGGCUCCGUCGGCUUCUACGCCAUCCAACUCGCCCGCCUCGCCGGCUUCAGCACAAUCAUCACCACCGCCUCCCCGCGGCACACCGCCCUCCUCAAAUCCAUCGGCGCAACACACGUCGUUGACCGCCGCCUCCCCCGCGCCUCGAUCGUGCGCCUCAUCCACGAAGUCCACGAAGAAGUCCACCGCGAGGCCGGCGCGCCGCCCGCCUUGAAGCUGCUGUACGACGCCGUCUCCGAGCCCGCGACGCUCGCGCUCGGGCGGGAGAUCCUCGCGCCCGCCGGUGGCGGCGGACACAUGCUCGUCGUCCUCCCCUCGGCGGUGCCCGUGCCUGUGCCCGGGACGGAGGAGACGGGCGCGGGCGCGUGCACGGUCGGGUUCUCGUUCGGCUCGCCGCAUACGCCUGAGCACGCCGAGUUUGGCAAGGUGUAUUGGGCGAAGGUGUAUGAGUGGUUCAGGGGCGGGACGAUCGUGCCCAACAAGGUUGAAGUGCUUCCGGGAGGGCUUCAUGGUGUCGCUGGAGGGCUGGAGCGCUUGAGAGCGGGCAAAGUCAGUGGGUACAAGUUGGUGGUACGUCCCCAGGAGACAGUGUAA